UGAUGUCUAAUGAGUUUUGUUUUGAUGCAUUGUUCAAAUUUUUAUGCAGGGCUCCACAUUUGUUGCAGGAUCUUUCUUAGAAUACUCGGUUAAUCGCACUAAAGUAAUGCAAAUGCUCAUAGAUGCUCUUGAUGUCUAUCUUUUAGGAACUGUGAUGCUGGUGUUUGGAAUGGGUCUCUACGAGCUCUUUGUUAGUAAACUUGGCAGUACAAGCUCUCUACCAGAUCAAACUCCUUCUUACAGAUCAAAUCUAUUUGGCUUAUUCCCUUUGAAGGAAAGACCAAAAUGGUUGGAUAUAAAAACAGUGAAUGAACUAAAAACAAAGGUUGGUCAUGUGAUAGUGAUGCUGCUUCUGAUUGGUUUGUUUGACAGAAGCAAGAAGGCUACUAUAUAAACUCCUGUGGAUUUGCUUUGCUUCUGUGCUUCUGUCUUUCUUUCUUCUAGUUGUCUCUUUCUGCUGUCAAAGCUGAAUGUUUAAAUGUUAUUGCAUAAU